GAAACAAAUGUUGUGUGUUUCAAACUGAGUGGAAUUUUGCUGCGUCGCUGCUGCUGCUGCUGCACUUCCUGUUGAAAACAACUCGUUUUCCUUUUCCCCCUCGUCACUGCAGGAGACUCCAGUGUUUGUGUGCGGAGUUCACUACCGCGAGGGAGACUUCAUGAUCCGAGAGGAAGAGGAGGUGGACGUGGACCUGCCGAACCAGUUCCAAAUGCGGCAGCUGCAGGAGAGGAUCCGGGUGCUGGAGAAGGAGCAGGUGGAGCUCAUCAACGUUCCCGUGCCCGAGUUCGACGACGGAGACCCAGCAGACAUAGUCCACGACUUCCAGAGGAGGUUGACCGCCUACCUGGAUCUGAGUCUGAACAAAUGCUACGUCAUCCCGCUCAACACCUCCAUCGUCAUGCCUCCCAGAGACUUCCUGGAGCUGCUCGUCAAUGUCAAGGCCGGGACCUACUUGCCCCAGUCCUACCUGGUCCAUGAGGAGAUGAUAGUGACAGAGCGCCUGGAGCACGUUGAACAGCUCGGCUACUUCAUCUACAACCUCUGCCGUGGCAAAGACACGUUCAAGCUGCAGCGCAGAGACAGGAUUCUGGGCAUGCAGAAGCGUGAAGCUCUCAACUGCCACAAGAUCCGUCACUUCGAGAACACGUUUGUCGUGGAGACGCUGAUCUGCGAGCCUUAGGACGCCUCGGCGCCUCACAGCUGCUCUUCCAGUCACUGGCGUGCAGUGAGAUUGUUUUAAAUCCUCACCUGUCCUGUUUUCUCUGUCCUGGACAUCAGGUAGUUUGAGUGAGUGAGAGGAUGAAAUGUGAAGAUGUUUGGUGAACAUUCACUGAUUGUCAAAUAAAAAGGUGAAGAGUCAUGUAUUUUUCCACUUUCUGAUGGGGGGGGCGUUAUCUAGUCGUAACUAGUUAAAAUCAGCUGAGUUUGAAAUAGUAAAUUAUUUUAAUCAAAGUAACAUUUAUAGCACAAACAUGUUAUUAUAGCACAUGUGGGUAAAUAUACCGUUUUUCUUUCAGUCAAAAUAAAAUUUCAAAAUAAAGGGGACUUUUUGUACAACUCUUCUGGGUUUUUGAAACUGAUCAGUCCAGGGACUCUUGUUUUUUUGUAUUUGUCUGCUGUAGUUAUUGAUUCACUGCAUCUGUUCUUUCUUAACUGGAAAAUGGUCUUAAAAUAAGAGUGUCAACGUGCCGCUCUCGUUUAGCUUUAACGAUAAAAAGUGCAGUGUAAGAAAACAGGACGUGGAGGCAGAGCUCACAGGAAACACACACUUGUGUUAAAAUCUUUUUUCACCAGAGUUGUCGGUCAUUUUGUUUUGAAUGUGUCGUUCUUUGGAAAACUCUUCUUGUACUAAUGUGUAUAUAAUCUCUUAAAAGGAUGUGACCAGACCAACACAAUAAACACAAUAAAUACAA